AUGUCGAACAAUGCCUCCUACGCGGUGACGCAGGUGAAAACAACCUCCACGCCCUCCAAAACAACCUUCCACUUCGCCGCCGGCCUCUGCUCCGGCCUGACCUCCUCGAUCCUCCUCCAACCCGCCGACCUCCUCAAGACCCGCGUACAGCAAUCCCAAAGCGCCUCCCUCCUCCCGACCCUGCAAGCAAUCCUGUCCUCCCCGCACCCGAUCCGCGGCCUAUGGCGCGGCACCCUCCCCUCAGCCCUGCGCACGGGCUUCGGCUCGGCGCUGUACUUCACCAGCCUGAACGCGCUGCGCCAAGGGCUAGCCCAAACCCAGAUGCCCUUCUCCUCUACCUCCUCCGCGCUCCCCAAACUCUCCAACUCCGCCAACCUCGCCACCGGCGCCGCCGCCCGCGUCGCCGCGGGCUUCGUCAUGAUGCCCGUGACGGUCCUGAAAGUCCGGUACGAGUCGGACUUCUACGCCUACCGCAGCCUGCUCAGCGCGGGCCGCGACAUCGUGCGCACCGAGGGCGUGCGCGGCCUGUUCAGCGGCUUCGGCGCCACCGCCGCCCGCGACGCCCCUUACGCCGGCCUCUACGUGCUGUUCUACGAGCAGUUGAAGCGGCACCUGGCCGCGCUGGCGAGUAGUCGCGCCGCCGCGGCCGCCGCCGCGGCGGAGGGACACGACGGGCAACAGCAACAGCAGCAACAGCCGCAGCCGCUGCGGUCGCCGUCCUCGUCGUCCAUUAACUUCGUGUCCGGGGGGUUGGCCGCGGGUCUGGCCACGGCGAUCACGAACCCCUUCGAUGCGGUCAAGACGCGCCUGCAGCUCAUGCCGGGCCGGUACGGCAAUAUGAUGCGGGCGGCGAGGCUGAUGGUCCGCGAGGACGGGGUGCGGAGCCUGUUCGGCGGGCUGGGGCUGCGCAUCACGCGGAAGGCCCUCAGCUCCGCGCUCGCCUGGACGGUGUACGAGGAGCUCAUCCUGCGCGCUGAGGUGCAGUGGGCUGCGCAGGGAGAAUCGCGCUCAUGA